ACUGAUGGUUCCAUAAUGGCAGUGGGUGAGGCCCUGGUGCACAUCAAGGUCAAUCUUCUAUUGCUUUGGUUUGGGGUGUCUCUGUCCAAUUCUGGCCACUCUCAGGCCAAGCCCUCUCAGGGCUUCUCCAGAGAAGUCGUGAUCCCCUUGAAGGUGACCAGCAGGGACCAAGAUGCUAAGGCUCCGGGCUGGCUCUCCUACAGCCUGCGGUUCGGGGGCCAGAGACACAUUGUCCGCAUGAGGGUCAAGAAGUUCCUGGUUUCCAGACACCUACCAGUGUUCACCUACACGGACCAGCAUGUCCUCCAGGAGGAUCAGCCUUUUGUUCCUGAUGACUGCUACUACCAUGGUUAUGUGCAGGGGGUCCCAGGGUCCCUGGUUGCCCUCAGUACCUGUUCUGGAGGUUUUCAAGGAAUGCUACAGAUAAAUGACCUUGCUUAUGAAAUCGAGCCCAUCAGGCACUCUACCACAUUUGAACACCUGGUGUAUAAGAUAGACAGUGAUGAGACACAAUUCCCACCAAUUCAAUGUGGCUUAACAAAGAAGGAUGUAGCACACCAACAACUGGGAUUAAAAGAGGCUGCUGCGAAAACAACUCUGAAACAAAAUUCAACUGAUAACUGGUGGACCCGCUCAUGGUUUCUGGAGCUGGCUGUGGUGGUAGAUCGAAAUUUCUUCAUUUACUCUCAAAGUAACUUCUCAAAGGUGCAGGAGGACGUAUAUCUUGUUAUCAACAUAGUGGACUCCAUUUAUCAGCAGUUGGAUACCUAUGUGAUUUUGAUUGCGAUUGAGAUUUGGAAUCAUGAAAAUGCUUUCUCAAUGAUAAGCAUAGAACAGGUUCUGGAGGAUUUUGCUCAGUGGAAACAAAUCAGUCUUUCGAGGCUACAUUGUGAUGCUGCCCAUAUUUUCAUUAAAAAUUCACUUAUAAGUACACUUGGUAUAGCCUAUGUUGCAGGAAUAUGUCGUCCUCCUAUUGACUGUGGAGUUAAUAAUUUCCAAGAAGACCCCUGGUCUCUUUUUGCCCUCACCGUGGCCCAUGAGUUAGGCCAUACUUUGGGUAUGCAGCAUGAUGAAGAAUUCUGCUGGUGUGGACAAAGUGGUUGCAUCAUGAGUGCUAUUAGAAUGCCAGCAGAAAGAUUCACCAACUGUAGUUAUGCCGAUUUUACAAAGACCACUUUAAACCAGGGAUCAUGUCUACACAAUCUUCCAAGUACAGGGGAAAUGCUUAUUCUGAAGCGCUGUGGAAAUGAUGUGGUUGAAGAAGGAGAGGAGUGUGACUGUGGAUCUGUAAAGCAGUGUGAACAAGAUCCAUGUUGUCUGUUGAACUGCACUCUGAGCCCUGGUUCUGCUUGUGCUUUUGGGCUGUGUUGCAAAGACUGCAAGCUCAUGCCAUCAGGGACUUUGUGCAGACAACAGAUCAGUGAAUGUGACCUUCCAGAGUGGUGCAAUGGGACAUCCCACCAGUGCCCAGAAGAUGGAUAUGUGCAGGAUGGGAUUCCCUGUGGUGACAAUGCCUACUGCUAUGAAAAGAGUUGUAAUAGCCACGACAAGCAGUGCAGGGAGAUUUUUGGAGAAGAUGCAAGGAGUGCAUCUCAGGAGUGCUACAAAGAAAUCAACUCCCAGGGAAGCCGUUUUGGCCACUGUGGUCUAAUUGACAAGGGAUACCGAAAAUGUAAUACCUCAGAUAUCUUCUGUGGGAGAGUUCAGUGUGAAAACGUAUCAAUUAUUCCUAAGCUAACAGAACAUACUACAGUACAUCAGCUUCAGUUAAAUUUCACCAGUUGCUGGGGCACUGAUUAUCAUUUAGGGAUAACCAUACCUGAUAUUGGUCUAGUGAAAGAUGGCACAGUGUGUGGUCCAGGAAAGAUAUGCGUCCACCAGAAGUGUGUCGAUAUGACUCUUGUAUCACAAGACUGUCAGAAUGAGAACUGCCACAUGAGGGGAGUCUGCAAUAAUAAACAGCAUUGCCACUGCAGCCAAGGGUGGGCACCUCCCAACUGCACGCUAAAAGGCGAUGGAGGUAGUAUUGAUAGCGGCCCACCUCCUUCUACGAAAGGACCACAGGUAGCUAUGCCAAAAGGGGGCAGUAGAAGUAGCCUGGAAUGA